GCUACCACGUGGUGCGCUGCCGGGUCGGAGGUUACGCCGCCGGGUACCCGGAUGUUUCUUGGGAUGUUACUGGAGUGGCAGUGACGGCGGCAGAGUCUUGUAUUAUUUUUUAUCCCGAAUUAGCAAAAGAACUAUUGAAGAGGGGGGUGAAAUUACGACCUGAAAAUGGCUUCAACCGCGGCUGGAAAACAGCGAAUCCCCAAAGUGGCAAAGGUGAAAAAUAAAGCACCUGCCGAAUUGCAAAUCACUGCUGAACAGCUCCUGAGAGAAGCAAAAGAGAGGGAACUUGAACUCCUUCCACCACCUCCUACACAAAAGAUCACUGAUGAGGAGGAAUUGAAUGAUUACAAGCUAAGAAAAAGAAAAACAUUUGAAGACAACAUUCGGAAAAAUCGAACUGUUAUUAGCAACUGGAUCAAAUACGCACAAUGGGAGGAAAGCCUAAAAGAAAUACAACGAGCUCGUUCAAUUUAUGAGAGAGCAUUAGAUGUCGAUCACAGAAAUGUAACCCUGUGGUUAAAAUACGCAGAAAUGGAGAUGAAAAAUCGACAGAUAAACCAUGCUCGAAAUAUCUGGGAUCGAGCAAUUACCAUCCUGCCCAGGGUCAACCAGUUUUGGUAUAAAUACACAUACAUGGAGGAGAUGUUAGGAAAUGUUGCAGGAGCACGACAAGUGUUUGAGCGGUGGAUGGAAUGGCAGCCUGAUGAACAAGCAUGGCACUCCUAUAUCAACUUUGAACUCCGAUACAAAGAAAUUGAAAGAGCCAGGCUGGUUUACGAAAAGUUUGUUUUAAUUCAUCCUGAUGUGAAGAACUGGAUUAAAUAUGCCCGGUUUGAAGAAAAGCAUGGUUAUAUUGGACAUGCACGGAAAGUGUAUGAAAGAGGGGUGGAGUUUUAUGGAGAAGACCACAUGGAUGAACAGCUUUUUGUAGCAUUUGCAAAGUUUGAAGAAAAGCAGAAAGAAUUGAACGACUGCCUUAAAAAUCAUUUAAUUGUUGGAGCCCGAGAGGGUUCAUCAAAGGACAGCAAUGAGAUCAACAGUUCCUGGGCUGGAUUCCAACACACACCUCAGCGGGUUAAAAAGCACUGCUCUGACAACAAAUACUACGUGGCAUUUCACAAUAUAUUUAUGCAAAACCAUUGA